AUGCAGGUCGCUGAAUGUACUCCCCGCUCGUCUCCUCUCGACCCAGACGUCGAAUCGAGUGAACUCCUGGCGUUGCCCGGUAUUAUCGUUGCCCCCCACCCGGCGCCAGCGGGGCCAACCAACUUCUCUGUUGUUAAGCAAGCGUCACCUGGUGCAGCUCCCAACGUUCUCGUCUCGGCGCCGUCGAUCAUUAUGACCGACGGAUCUUCACACCGGCUUGCCUGCGAUGAUGGCACCCGCAACGAGACAUCUUCAAGCGAGAAGGGAAGUGGGCGGACGAGUAGUUCAUCUUGUGUGACAUCGACAACGGCUGGGCCAGUGACUCCCCAACGCAACAGUCCAUACGUACCUGCUCCACUGAUGAGCUCGCCCUCUGGUCAGCCUCACCUUACGUCCUUCCACACCGACCUCUAUGGCCUGAUCGAAAUCCCGCGAUUCAAGAAGAGGGAUCUUAACCUUGGUAUCGUUCGCAAGGAUGGCAGCUGGUUGCCCUUGGCGUGGGGUAUGCUUUGGGCGUCGUCUGUGGGACAGACCUUGUUUGGAGUGUUUUUCGAUGUCAACGUCAUGUACACGCUGGUUCAGAUUUCCCAGUACCCUGCCUACGGAACCAACACGCACCAAGUCUGGACAUUUGCGACCAUCGCAUACGCUCUGUGCUGGGCCACAUCGUUCUUUAUUGUGUGGCUAGGUUGGGAGGUCGGCUACGAGUUCUGGCGCAAGUGGAGCCCGCAUCGACCUGCUAUUGAGCCUAUCUAUCGCUCGCUCCCAGCGAGCCUUCAUCUCUCGCUGUGGUCUUUUGACCACUUCACCUUUUUGACGCACAUCCGCCUCUCUGCCCUUGGAACGCCCCAUGCCAUGGAUAUUCUGCCUGAGACGGCCCAUCUCAUCGUCCAAACGGUCCCCGGAUAUCUGCCACUCGCUGCCCGCACCGCGAUUGUCAUCGCCGUCCUUAUCUCGUUCUGGGAUCCGGAGGCGUUAGUUCCUGGCGGCAACGUCGUGUCCGCUCAUCGAGACCCUCACUUUUUCCUUGCGAGCAGUCCUGGCGCACUUGCGCCGUACGCCAAGGGUGUUCUUCUCACAUUUGUUGUCACGGUCGGAGUGCGCACGCUUCUUAUUUUCGUGUCGGCCAUCAUUCUCUGGAUCUACACCUUGCACCCAUUCGGUCUCGGCCUCGCCCAAGAACCAGGCUCUCCAGUGACGCCCACGCGCGACCCAGCAUCUUGGAACACGCCGGCAAAAACCUGGAAGGAAGAAAACGAGCUCCAGUGUGCGUGGCGGGACCGUGCUCGCGCGAGGAUUCAGAACGCGUUCGAGCUGUGCAUCAUCCGUUCGACACCGCGCACCCCCGAAAAGAAGCACGAAGAGCCCAUGACCCCGACUACGCCUUCCCAUUCGUUGGGGCCAUACGCCACUCCUGUCGCUCUCCCGGCUCAUCAGACAAUGAAUACGGCGCAAAAUGGUGCCCUCGGUCCCAUAUGGGAAGAAUCGCCUCAGCCUCCAGUCCGUUCCCCAGUGCCACACUCUGAGUCGUACUCUCCGACGUUGUCCCCAGUUGUUCAUCGCGCAACAACUCGUCACGACCAACAGGACAUUAUCCACGGUCUCGGACUCUGUCCCUCCAUUGCUGGUGUCGUUGCUGGAGCCUCGCAAAUGGCCGAACAAUGCCGCGAGCGCUCGCUCUUCUCCACUGAGGCAUCGUCAACGACAACCGCAUCUCUACCACGCGCGCUUCACCUGUCUAACGGUACCGACCUCAUUGAGACGUCUGGCUCGGGCGUUGUGCCCAGCGGCAACAUGCAUCUCGCGGAAACCUCGUUUGUCAGCCGUUUGCAAGAACCAGUGACAUGCCGUCAGCUCGCAGGAGUCAUUCUGGAAGAGGACAAAGGUAACACCGACAAGGUUCAUUGCCCUUCAGCUGAUCAACUGGAAGAGCCUGUUGAGAGCGUGGUCAUGUCCCAGACGUCACCUACUUCUCCCAUUUCGCCACACCACUCCGAGAGCAGUGAGGAGCCGGUGGAUUUCAGGCGCUUCCCCGACGACGAGGCCACGCCACCUCCCCGCUUCCGCCGCCCGAGGACACCCAUGCCUCCGAAGCCGGUCACUUUGACAAGCUCCGAAGCUGAGAGCGACGAAGAGAUCGAGGAGAUUCCUGCGCGCCCUGCAGCUCCACCCUCGCCUGAGCCCAAGGUCAAGCCAAGGCCCAAGUCCAAGACAGACUACGUCGCCAACGACAGGAUGUACCAACGUGCUUCAGAAGCCAUGCGCCCCGAAAACAAGAAGGAUACGUUUUACGAGCCCAAGCCAAAGGAUUGGACAUGGCGCUUCGACGACAAGCGUUUCCGAGGCAACGAGUCUCGUCGCCCUUGGCGCCCAAACGGUGACCCAUGGAUUCUCGAACAGUGGCGUACGGCAGACGACGUUGACCGCAUGCUACUCGUGGCUUCACCUGCCGAGCUCACGGCCGGCGAAGAGGACAGCAACGACGCCGCGAAUGUCAUCUUGACAAACAUGUUUAUUGAGUCAGGUUCCAUGACCCAGAUUGAAGCCUACGCCUCGUACUGGAAGGAUUACAGGGGCGGAACCUCGAUUGGGGAGGCGAUCAGGAUGGGGGUGCGCUUCUGGAGUCUCCGCGAGCCGCCCGUUACGGCCACGGUCGAAGAGCUCGACGACACGCCAGAGCCAAGCCCGACCGCGACCUCAAGUACCGGUUCCGUCCCCUCCGUCACUGUCGCGGACAUGCCAACAUGGCGCCGGAGCGUCCUCGAACCGGCAGCUCGACGUGAAGAUCCGACAACUUUGAGGGAGUCUGUAAGCGACGAGGUUGAGGAGCCCCUCAACACUGGGCUGCCCACCGAAGACCUGACAGACAUGUUGGACGAACUGCCACCGGGGCGGUACGAAUUUGCCGAGCUCACAGACAUGGGCAUCAUCGACGACGCGAAAGACAUGGUUGAGCUUGCGCCUCCUCAUCGUCCUCCCCUUCCUGUUCCAGGAUGGUACACGUUCGCUGAGCUACGCGAAAUGGGUUUCACUUCUGUGGACAUUGGUAACGCUAUGGGCCCAAGGCUCGGUCCUCAUAUUUCGACGGCCGCCAGCACACCAUCGCCUCCGCCACACCAGGAUGACUCUCCACAGACGCCUCCUGCCCCGGCCGUUGAGCUGUUCUCUCAACCUACUGAGGCCUGUACAUCUGAGUCGCGUAAACGCUACACUACGACGCUCGACUCGGCCGCAAGUGGUCAUGAGCACAUCACGCCACUUGGGCUGCCCAUGUCCCAGCCAGCCUCGCCGACAUUGCCGACAGCAGCACCAACAUCACCAGUCGUCUCCGCCACUGCCAUCGGUCUGCGAACAUCGUCACUUGUCCCGGUGCCGCCGGAGUUUGGCGCCGUACUAUUCGAGGUGGAACCUUCGUCCUCGUCCCCCGACUCGUCUUCCUCGUCUCCCCCUUCGCCUCCGCCUCUCCACCAGCGGACGUUGAGUGGUGGAAGUGGCACGGGAUUGCCGCCACUCCUCGAGCUCCCCGAGGCUCUCAAUACCACCCCUGUUCCUUUAAACUUUUCCGCCCUCGCCGACAGCCCGACCGACCACGAGCACGAGCAAACCUUAACAGACACACUCAGCCGCGGCCGUACCAUCAGCUCAUCAACGAGCGGCACCUCCUCCGCCCAACACCGUGCGCACCACCUUUCCGGCCUCGACUUCUUCAUUCACCCGGACGAACUCCCCCACCCGCGUACCAGCCACGCAGGCGAUGCGAGCCACGCGGUCCUCGCAUCGCCAGUCCUUGCGGCCGCGUUUUCUCAACAACUGCACUCCGCUACGACCCCCAUUGAAAGUGUUUUCAGCGCGCCGACCAGGUCGUACUUGUCGUCGCCGGCUCGGUCGCCUACAGGCGCUUCGGCCAAUGUCGGACUCGGCGUCCCACGCGCCUCGAGCCCAGGGCCCAAUGUUGCGGCUUUCCAGACUGCCCUCGCGACGCUCACGAAGAACAGCGUUGCCAACGGCCCGCAGUCUAGCGGUACCGCCACCCCCAUACCGGCUCACAACCGCAAUGGAAGCGCAACUGCGGCCGCCCAAGCCCGUUUCUCUCGCGAGUUGCAAUGGGCCGACCACCGCCACUCUGGAGAGGUCCAGUCGCUGCGCAUGGGGUUGGCGGACCUUCCGUGCGACCAACAUCAACGGCAUUCGGGCGAGGUCUCGUCGGUCAGGCGGACGGGUGAUGGACUUGACGAUGACCAUUGGUCGUUCCACCGCGCGUCCGGCGAGUUUGUCCGUGACCGGCGCGGGGAGGGAGACAUGCCAACGCCGAGAGACGGGCGGGCGUCCAUGUCCUCGACCAUGGAUGCUGAACGCGAGUAG